UCGCUGUUGACCACGUCUAAAACUUCAAACCAUGUCAGUGCGCCCACGUGAUGGGGAAGAGCCUGCGUCUCAAGGCCAUUUUCAAAUUUCAUUGGUGCGAGUGUCAUGUGGUUGCAGAGAGACUCUGUGGGUUAUACAGGGAUUGUUUUGCUAGAUAUGUCAGCUUACAGAGGAUACUUCUCUGCUUCUUAAAUAUAUAUACAUAUAUAUAUAUAUAUACAUAUAUAUAUAUAUAUAUUCUCCAAAAUGUCCUUUCCCAACAGCUCUCCUGCUGCAAACACGUUUUUGGUAGAUUCCUUGAUUGGCGCGUGCAGAACAGAUUUUUAUUCCAGCAGUAACAUGUACAUGCCAGCCACUGCAGAAAUGGGAACCUAUGGAAUGCAAACCUGUGGACUCCUGCCGUCUCUUGGCAAACGGGGGGAAGUAAACCACCAAAACAUGGGCAUGAACGUCCACUCGUACAUACCUCAAACUGAUAAUUGGGCAGAUCCAAGCAGGUCCUGCCGAUUAGAGCAACCGCUCAACCAGAUGUCCACCUGCACAUUUUCACAAAGCAUAAAAGAAGAAACUAACUGUUGUAUGUACUCCGACAAGAGAGCAAAGGUCAGUUCGUCCGAGAUUCCCGCGUACUCCAACCUGAUUCCCGAAACAUGUUCCGUUGAUAGUCCCGAGAUUCCGGUCCCUGGCUAUUUUAGGCUAAGUCAAACUUAUGCGACGGCGAAAAACCCGGACUAUGACAGCGAGACGAUGAGCCCGAACACUACGUUAAUGCAGCUGAACAGGGUGACUCCAAAGGCGCAGUCAACGCCCUUUGUCGAGGUGGAAAAGAAGCUUACGCACGAUCGGGACACAAGGAGCUCUUCCCCGGCGCAGAGUCCAGAGCCCAAAGUCAGCACGCUGGAGGAGAAGACUUGCUCAACUGAGGCGUCUGUCUCCAGCCCUGAAUUGCCACACAGAGAAGGCAAAGAAUCUAAAAACGACACACCGACGAGCAACUGGUUAACCGCGAAGAGUGGAAGGAAAAAAAGAUGUCCUUACACAAAACACCAGACCUUGGAAUUAGAAAAAGAAUUUUUAUUCAACAUGUACCUGACUCGGGAGCGCCGUCUAGAGAUAAGCAAAAGCGUCAACCUCACUGACAGACAAGUGAAAAUCUGGUUCCAAAACCGCAGGAUGAAACUUAAGAAGAUGAGUAGAGAAAAUCGUAUUCGUGAACUCACAUCCAAUCUCACUUUUUCGUGAGCAUGAAAACAAGAGCAUUUCAAAAACUUACCUCCCCGUUUCGAUCCAUCUGUGUUCUCCUGUAUAAUGUUGACAUGAGGGCAGUGUGCAUUGUUUUGGCUACUUUCACGUUCCAAUGUUGUGAUCGUUGCUAAAUCUUUGUCAUUUGUUGCUACAUCUUUGAUUGCAUUUGAAAUGUGAAGCCUUGUGUAUUUCAGUAUGUUUCACAAGGUAUACAAUUGGUGUUAGGUCUUAACUUAUAUAAUAAGGUAGAAACAGACUGUUCCGAGCGGUCUUAUUUCAGCGGGGACAAAGCAAAAAUGUCGCAGAAACAUUUGCGCUAAAAAAGGACAUUAAAGCACAUUUGAAAGUAAAGGGUACCCAUUAUUUCUCUUGUGAAAACGUACAUUUACCUGAAAUAGUUACGUAUAAAGUUUUCUGUAUAAUAGAUGUUUAAAUAUGUCUGUAUCAGUGCAUGUUUGUGGCAUGUGG